AUGGAGGUAGCUAGCGCGCAACAGCCUUCUCUUCAACUAGACGCCUCCAACGCUGCCCCGGUUGCUGACACAAUGGACGCCUCCAUGGAUAUUGACAUGGACAUUGAUCUUGGACCCCUUCCAGAAGCAGAACCAAUUGAGACUGAACAAACUCUCGUGGCAACGACUGCUGUUCAAGAUGGAUCCAUCGACCCUCUUAAUGAGGAGGCACAGUAUGAAAAGGUUCAUAUACGCGGUGUAGAUGAGUUGACGACAGACAACAUCAAACAAUUCGCUGUCGAACACUUCGCCCUUGAGGAGCCAAGCCGCGUUGAAUGGAUCGAUGACACAUCAGCGAACAUCCUAUACUCUUCGCCGGAGGUUGGUCUUCAAGCUCUGUCAGCAUUUACGCAGGUUAGCGAGGAGGAGGAUGCAUCCGCGUUGCCUGCUCUACGGUUGCGAUCCGCGAAGCUCCUCUCUACCCACCCCGACUCUGUGCUCCAGGUUAGGUCAGCUGUCAAAGCGGAUCGCAAAAAGCCUCGUGCGCACGAAGCCAGUCGGUUUUACCUCAUGCACCCUGAACAUGACCCUCGGGAACGCUUGCGACGAGAAUUUGCAGAUAGGCGACGCUCGGGAGGUGGAGACGUCAGUGACGGGGAUUAUAGACGAAGACGGUUUGAUGGUCGAGAACUGCAACGUCGGAGAGACCGUGAUGCAGGCGAGAGCUUCAGUGCCAAUAUGUAUGAUGACACGGUGCCUGCCAGCCGCGACCGCUCGUCGGACCGCAGUCGCGAAAGGCGGGGAAGACGAGGGGGGCGCGAUCUAUUCCCACAGGAAGAAGGACGAUUGUCUGGUCGCCUUCGCAACCGUAGCGCGUCACCCGGUCGAGAUACACUGAUGGAAGGCGGGUAUGCUGAGGACGAUCGGCAGGAUCGCAGACGGUUCCGCGACCGGUCGCCCCAGCUCGGUCGCCGCAAUGAAGGCAAGGAGCUCUUCCCAUCCUCGGGAGCCAAAAGCAGCGAUGCAAAUGCGCGGGAGCUCUUCCCGAACCGAACAGCCAAGGAACUCUUUCCUCAAAAAGUUAGCAAUCAUCGCCGUUCAGACGCGAUCGAUGGCGCAGAUGAGACGGCAGAUCUCUUCUCGCGGAGGAUUUCAGUGCCUCUUGUUGAUGGCAGCCAAGACCAACAACCUGCGCGCCGAAAGCGCGACAUUGAGCUUUUCCCUGAGACGACCGAGACAAGCGGUCUCAACAUCCGCGGGGCAGCAAGGCAGGAUCAGGGAAUGUCGAUUCGUGGUGCGGCAAAUGGCAUCUCAAUCAAAGGACGGGGCGCGUCUGUUCGUGAACUGUUCCCUAAUAAAUACGGUUCCAACGCAGGCAAGGAGUUGUUUUCCGAUAAGAUUGAGGGGCGAGGAGGACCACGACGCAGGGCGGAGGACAUGUUUAGCUGA